AAGCAGUUGCAUCGGAGAAGUCGUAACAUUAAAAUGAUGUAUCAAGAGGUGAUUUUUCCUCUUCGGGAAAGUGAAAAAUCGAAAAAAAUCGUUGAGACGCGUUCAUUUUAUGCGUUUAACGACAAGAUGGCGACCGAACAUCGGCGCGGCGUCGUGACGUGUGCAAAAAUGCCACACCCCAGCCUCCUUUGGUCCGCCACAUUCGGUGAUUUGAACUCUUCCAAACCAUACCAUAAAAUUUCCUUCAAAAACCACGAAAAUUUUCUUGUGAAUUUGAUAGUUUUUUUAUUUGGAUUGGUAAAUUUGUGAGAGGAAAAUCAUGAAUUCGAUGGACCAAAAACCGGAUGAACCUUCAUCAGUACAAUCGGAGACGUCAAAACCUGAAACUCCUCACGGAUCUCCAUCUACACAAUCGCCGCCACAUCAUCAACAACAAACAUCAUCCGUUAGCGUUAUCAAACCAAGGAUUUUAACAACAGCCGGGACAAUAGAAGAUGAACCAACCGGAAACAACAAAUUAGAUUCGGUCGCUUCUGAAGAAAUCGUUGAAACAUCCAACCCAGGCGAUAGUCCGAUGAAAACGGUCGUUGAUUCACCCCAACAUCAACAGCAAGAAGUUGAAAACCAAUACGUCGAAGAAAACGGGCAAAUUACUACCGAAGAUAGUCAACACACGUAUGAAAGAACAACGUAUGAAGAUGGUGGAGGGGUUGUUGUCGCUACACAUCCAGAUUACGAGGUUGUGGAUGGUCAACCAAUUAUAGGGUACACCGUUGAAAUGCAAAACAUACAAAUCGAAUAUACAUCACACGAUGAUUUAAAACCUGAUAAUAAUGAAUACACCAAUUUGGAAAGUGUCCCGGCAUCUUCGCAAUAUAACACCAAUUCGAUUGCGGGUGAUACAGCUCAAUAUCUACCACAUGGCCAUUAUCAACAUCCACAAUAUACACAGUUACCCAGAAGAAAUUUAGAUGAAAGCCCACCAGGGACUGUUUUGUAUAAUGAUCCAAAUUUGGGGUCAUCUGGAAGAAUUCAAUAUCAAACGCCAAAUUACGAAGCUUCGCCAUCGAACGGAACAAUAACUUUGGUAACACCCGGAAGUAACUACCAGUAUAUUCAACAAAAUGGCAGUUGGACGACCGCUUCUCCUCAAGAAGUGUACGCUGCGUAUCCAUCGACCUCCACUGUGACACCCGACAGUAGCAGCACAAUCGGAUAUAAUUAUCCUGCACAAGGAGCAUCCGGCGGCGGCGGCGGCGGUCAGUGGCAGGACGAGGCAGGAACAUACGAGGCGCCGCCGGUAAAUAGCGAAAUAGAUAUCAAAGAGUGCGUAAAUUGCGGUGCCAGCAUCACCCCUUUGUGGCGUCGCGACGGCACCGGGCACUACCUCUGCAACGCGUGCGGUUUGUACAACAAAAUAAACGGAGUUAACAGACCUCCGGUUCGAUCAAACAAGAAACCGGUGCCAACCGGAAAUAGACGUAACGGAGUUCAAUGCGCCAAUUGUCAAACGACAACAACCACCUUAUGGAGAAGAAACAAUCAAGGUGAUCCUGUAUGUAAUGCUUGCGGGCUUUAUUUCAAACUUCACAACAUGAAUCGUCCGUUAACGAUGAAAAAGGAAGGCAUUCAAACGAGAAAACGCAAACCAAAGGGCAGAUCUCAAUAUCAAAAUCCACCUGCGCCUAGCACAUCGACGAUGAUACCGAACAGACAAAUUUAUAUUCCACAGCAAAAUAUCGAACAGGACCAAUAUCAACUUCCAACGUAUACUAUUGCACCACAAACGGUAUCUCGUCUGCCGGCCCUGCAACUUGGCAGACACCCUGUUGGUGUUCCUAUCGAUAUAAUGCAAAGAUCAACUGACGAACAAACCAGUGUAAUCACAUCCACCUCAGUAGCAACCCGUCAGGUUUACCAACAACAACCACCCGGUCAAGAUCGACCAAAUCAACACGAUCCCAACAUCGACUCUUAAUUUAUUAACUUAAAAUAAUCUGUUUUUAAAUGCUUUUUUUAGUUUUAAGGUUAAAAAUGUGGAAACAAAAGAAUUAUAAGGGUGUGUACAAACAUUGCACGGCUGUGACAAGUUUCGACAUACCCUAAAAUUUAUAUAAAAAUGUUAUUUCCACAUCUCGCUAAAUAGAGAUCAAAAAAAAGUGAUUCUUUUUCUUUAGUUAAGGAAUAACUAA